UAAACAGACAUGGAAGCACCUGGCCAAGACCUCCACACAGGCUGAGCACUUUGCACCCGCGCUUUCCCCGACCGUCCGCCGCCCGCCCGCCUUCGCCCCCUUGCAUCCCAGCGCUUGGAGUCGGCCUGACGUGAGUGGACACGUAGCGGCAGCCAGAGGAUUGAUUUCCUGGUGUGGGUGUGUGGCCGCCAGCGAGCACCCAAUCAGAUGUGGAGUAGCUGACUGAGUUGAAAACAAGUAUCUUUUUUCCUUAUUUACUAAGCGGAAAGAAUGUCGGAAAGGGCCGAGGAUGACGUCAGGGGGGAGCAGCGCCGAGCGGCCAGGCAGCAGCUGAAGCAGCAGCAGCCGAUCCAGCGGGGAGAAAGCUCCACAGCAAUGGCGACUGUUGCGGAGCGGAGAUCCUUGCCGAGUCCAGAAAUAAUGCUGGGACAGCCUUGGAGCAGCUGGGUCGACGCCGCCAAGCUCCACGGCAACGACGGUGCUGAAUCGGAGGAAAGUUUCAAAGACUCGGGGAAAAAUCGCGAAGCCAUGCGUUUGUGCAGAGAAGAUAUGUCCAUAUUUGGCCAGUAUCCCGCUCAAGACGACUUCUACCUGGUGAUGUGCAGCCACUGUAGUCAAGUCGUCAAGCCCCAAGCCUUCCAAGCACAUUAUGAGAGGAGACAUAAUUCGCCCAUCAAGUCAGCAUCCAGCUCACCCUUCCCUUUGCCGGGGAGGAACCGGAGUAGUAACAGUGGUCUCGGGCCUGGAUUGGGCCCAGGGUCUGUUUCUGGGUUGACGAGUGGUGGGAUCCUUGGUCGAACCUCUACUGCAGCAUCUAGCAUGUAUUCCUCUUCAACAUCCUCCUCAGCCUCCUCCAAUCCCAAACUACUUAAACCAGCCAAAGACAAACUGCCCGGCAUUCAGCGCAGACCUCCCUUUCCUUCCUUCAGGACGGUCCAGCCGGACAAGAUCCUUACCCCGGCUGUCAAGGUGGAGAAGAUGCUUCUGAAUUUGGACUCGUCAGCUAAGCUGGUGCAGGCCCCCUCUGCUCCCACCACCACCACCACCACCACCACCACCUCAUCCUCCUCUACAUCUUCCUCUAGCACCACCGUGAGCUCCAACACUACCACCACCACCAUCACCACCUCCUCAUCCUCAGCCCUUAAACCAGGCCUUAACUGUCCCUCCAUACCAAAGCCUCCCUUACCGACACUGGGACAGGUCCCUAAUGGCAAAGGACACUUGUCUGUCUCGGACAAGAAGCAGGACAACAACAACAACAACAGCAGCAGUGCUGGUAGCAGACGCCACUUUAACAAGAAACUGACAGAGCGUGAGUUCAAUCCUGACAUCCACUGUGGCGUUGCGGAUGUGACAGCACGGAAACCCUGCACAAGAUCCCUAACAUGCAAGACACAUUCCUUAAACCAGCGGAGGGCAGUGCCAGGGCGGAGGAAACGCUUUGACACAUUGCUGGCCGAGCACAAGAACAGAACAAAAGAGCGGGAGAGGGAGAAGGAGAGAGAACACCACCAAACCCAUUCCCAGCCAAACCCCCCUCUCAGGGACCCACACCCCUCCCUCCAGCUCCCCGCUUCUCAUGAUGUCCACCCGGUGGCUCAUGGCAACGGACCCACCCCAGAAGCCACAAGACCAAAAUUUCACAGCCCUGGUGUUCCACGGCUAAACAACACGCAUGGGGCCGGUACCCCCGUCGACCCUGCAGCGGUCCACGAGUCACCGCACCAUCCCCAAAGUGCUCCUGACGGGUUUUCUCGAGCCUCUAGUGACGAGGGAGAGAACGAGGAGCGAGAAGAGAGCGCCGACAAACUGCACUGUCACUAUUCAGGUUAUCACCCUCGACCGGUAGCUUACUGUACGUUUGGAAGUCGACUGUUCGGGAGAGGCUGUUACUCCUUUGACAGACGAUGGGACAGAAUGCAAUGUGUCCUCUCCACCAUGGUGGACAGGCACGUCAACUCUCAGAUGUGGAAGAAAAUCCCCUUGGCCUUGGAGAACAGCUCCUCUUUUGCACCUGCCCAUAGGACAAGCACAAAUUCCCACGGUAGCGCCCCGUCGUCAGGCUUCCUGGGCCCACCUUCGACCUUGACCCAGACCCCUUACAGCCAAUCACACGAGGGCAAGCCUCUGCUCCCCUAUGGGACCACCUUAAAUGCCCGCAGCUGUCUGCAAGGAGGGUCCGAGCACCCGGCCUACGGCACCGCGCAGGCCCGACAAGUGUCUUCGUCGCCGCAGAUGCCUUCAGCUCAUUUGUCCUCCUCCACCUCCCCCUCCGCCUCUUCCCUGGCCUCGGGCCGGGCGCUUAAGUCCCGUCCUUCCAGCAGCAGCACUACAAGAUCAGUGUCCUUCAGGCCCAAAGAGAUCUCCACUGGCUCCUCCACACCGGUCACCCCCACCUCUGUGGCAGCCAACAGUCACAGUAGCAGCACCAGCUUCAGCUCGGGAAAGAGGAGGAAGAACAGCUCUGUCCUCCCAUCCUCCCACAGCUCCUCCGAACCGCCAAACGCCAACUAUUCUCCCUCGUCCUCUUUCAAAAAGAACUGUGCAAAUGUGGGCAGCUCAGGGAGCACCACCUACCACCACAGCUCACUACCUUCCGCGUCUUCAUCCUUAUCCAGCGGAGUCCACAGCGUCGGCCUCAACUGCGGCCCGAGCGUGCGCACGAACUCCCUCAGCCUCAAGGCCGAGCUUUCCGGAGGAUCGGCGGGCAGCUCCUCGGGCCCGCCGGCGCGAGGUCCUCCCUCGGGCAGUUCCGCCGAGUCCAUCAAGCGCAUGAGCGUGGUGAUGAACAGCAGCGACUCCACCCUCUCGCUGGGGCCUUUUGUGCACCACCAGUCAUCAGCCGAGCACCACACCAGCUUCAGCCACCACUCCUCAGAUGGGCGCCUGGAGAGCAAAAAACGCAAGAGCUCUCCCGCCUCCAGUGGUCUUAAUAGCGGCGGCGGAGGACUCGGGCCGGGUAGACCCAAGGUGGCCAAGUCCCCGGCCGUAAACAACAUCCACGGGAAGCACGGGCGGAGCAUUCCAGCGGCGCCGGGGCUACCAAACAACUCCCACUUACAUCAGCCGAAGGCUCGCCCCUGACGGCGGUGUGCGCCUGCGGCGCCUUCGGAGGCGGCCAGGGACGGUGGGCGGGGCAUAGCUCCGGACCGUACGAGGCCUUCUUUGACGAAAAACCCACAUUACUCUCAAGUUUUCCCACAAUCCUCAGGGUGGAGAUGAUCCGGAGCGCCAGUGACGUCCGUGCUGUCGUGUCCCAAAGCCAUGUCUCCAUGGGGGGGGUCUUGGGUCUUGUCCCAGUGUUCUGUGAGGUCUUCCAGAUGAUUGGAUGCUGGACAUGUUGGACCGCGACAAGCCCAUCUCUUCUGUGUGUGUGUGUGUGCGUGCGUGCGUGCGUGCGUGUGUGCGAGAGACCUUACGUGUGUGUGUGUGUGUGUGCGUGUGUGCGAGAGACCUUACGUGUGUGUGUGUGUGUGUGUGUGUGUGCGUGCGUGCUUGCGUGCGUGUGAGAGACCUUACGUGUGUGUGUGUGUGUGUGUGUGUGUGUGUGCGUGCGUGCGUGCGUGCGAGAGACCUUACGUGUGUGUGUGUGUGUGCGUGCGUGCCUGCGUGCGUGCGAGAGACCUUACGUGUGUGUGUGUGUGCGUGCGUGCGUGCGAGAGACCUUACGUGUGUGUGUGUGUGUGUGUGUGUGUGUGUGUGUGUGUGUGUGUGUGUGUGUGUGUGUGUGUGUGUGCGAGAGACCUUACGUGUGUGUGUGUGCGUGCGUGAGAGAGACCUUACGUGUGCGUGCGUGCGUGCGUACGUGAGAGAGACCUUACGUGUGUGUGUGUGUGUGUGUGUGUGUGUGUGUGUGUGUGUGUGUGUGUGUGUGUGUGCGUGCGUGCGUGAGUGCGUGCGUGCGAGAGACCUUACGUGUGUGUGUGUGUGCGUGUGUGUGCGAGAGACCUUACGUGUGUGCGUGCGUGAGAGACACCUUACGUGUGUGUGCGUGCGUGCGUGCGUGCGUGCGUGCGUGCGUGCGUGUGUGUGCGAGCGAGAGACCUUACGUGUGUGUGUGUGAGUGCGUGUGUGCGUGCGAGAGACCUUACGUGUGUGUGCGUGCGUGCGUGUGAGAGAGACCUUGUGAGUGUGUGUUUGCGUGCAUGCGUGAGAGAGAGAGACCUUACAAGGGUGUGUGUGUGCGUGCGUGCGUGCGUGCGUGAGAGAGAGACCUUGUGAGUGUGUGUGUGUGUUUGCGUGCGUGAGAGAGAGAGACCUUACAAGUGUGUGUGUUUGCGUGUGUGUGUGUGUGUGUGUGUCAAGUCAGAAUCUGCUGACUACUGGAAUUUCUGACUUUCACCCCCAGCCUGAUCUCAGCAGCCUUGACAGGAUGGCAGGAGGAGCAUCAAAUGUUCCACUUCACCCACAAACAAUCGCUUUGCUUCAUCCGCCCCGUUUCCUUUUUUUCUGCUUCUUUUGGCUUAACCCCCCCCCCCGUCCCCUCCCCUCAAGCAUUAUUAUGCAAGUGUUACCUUUUUACCUUUGUUUUCCCCUUAGGAGCUUUUACACUGAACUUACAAAAGAGUCUUUGUGGAACGGGGUCACCUGACCGGACCGUUUUUUUUAUACUUUUCACGGCGUGCGGACCCCCGGCCACGGUGAGACCCCCCCUACCCCCCAACUGUGAACAGCACUUAAGACCCCCCACGCCCCCAAAGCUGCUUUGCCGACUACCCAUGGUGCAUUGCCUGUGUCCACGCCGAGAAGGGAGUCCUAGGCGUUGCCGCCAUGUGACGGCGGAGAAUCGACAUGUGAAUUGUACGUCCCGGCCCCUCCCCUCCUCCUCCCCCCCAUAGGGAAUCAGCAUGUGGCCCUUGGAGCAAAGUAUGGUUAUUGUGAUCAUCAAGUUGUGGUAUCGACACAUCAUUACUGGCAGUAUGAAACAUGGCAAGGUGUGUUAAAGCCCUGUGGUCUGGUCUUCAGGAGUUGUCCAUCACAACUUUUUGUUUGCUUCACACUCCACUCACCUCAGCUGGAGUGCAAGUAAGUUUUCCUUCAUCAGAACUGUGGACUUGGAAUGUGAACAUGAAAAGUACAGCUCAUGACACACAAAAAAAAAAGCCUGUGAUGUUUUCUUUUUUUCCUGAUGAAUCAUUUUCAGCUGGACUUUUGUUGUAUUGGCUGCUACGUCACUCAUGAACAAACAUGUUAGAAAUACUAUUUAAAGAGGAAAAAAAAAAGAUUGUAUAGUAUAUUUGUUUUGUAACAAGUUUCUGUAAAUAAAAUAAUUUAUACUAUUUAUAUGAAGAAAA